CCUGUGGGCUCCUUUGCAUCUCCUCUCAACUUUAAACUUGCUGUGGCUUCCGGUGGUCUGCAGACCCUGCAGAUCAUCCUAACCCUGCUUGGCUGGAUGAAUGCUCCUGCAUUCUGUGCCCUGCCCUUGUGGAUGGUGACUGCCUUCAUCAGUAACAUCACCAUGCUGGCCCAGGUGGCAUGGGAGGGGCCGUGGAUGUCCUGCAUGGUGCAGAGCACAGGCCAGAUGCAGUACAAAGUGUACAACCCACUGCUAAUGCUGCCCCAGGACCUGCAGACUGUCUGCGCCCUUUACGUCAUCACCCUCCUGUUGGCUCUCCUUGGUCCAUUGGUCCACCUCACUAGAGCCAAGGGUACCACCUGCAUGGAAGACAAGGAGUCCAAGGCCUGUCUGAUGCUUUUCUCUGGGAUCAUCUUUGUCAUCUCAGAAGUCCUGACCCUGAUCCCCAUCUGCUGGACAGCCCACACCAUCAUCCGGGAUUUCAACAACCCAUGGGUGCUCAAGGCCCAAAAGCCGGAGCUGGGGGCCUCCUCCUUAGGUAGAGCAACUCUUUGCCUCUUGUUGCUGAGCGAGGGGCUACUGUGCCACACCUGCCCCUCUGGGGGCGGGGGGGAGGGGGACAGUGGAUACCAUUAUAUAGCCCGAUACUUGGUGUCUGCCACACAUGUCACCUCUUGGGGUCCCUCCAAAUACCCCAUUAAGAAUUAUGUCUAA